GGGAUCAGCCGUCACCUAAUCCCCUCAGGAGGGAGAGAAGGAGCCAGAGAGGAGGAAAGUCGGCGUGAUGCCUUCACGGAAAUAACCGGACAAUUCUUAUUUUUGACUUAUUUUUAAUGAUUUUCACAUCGUAGUUUGCUUUUCGUAGCAUUUGAGACAUCCCAAAGAGUGGAACAUUGACUUUUUUUCUCCUUUAGUACUUUCUGCUCAUGAAAAACUGCAUUUCCCCUCCAGAUUUUUAAACUUUUUUUUGCUUUGAUUUCUAUUUAUUCACACCUUGGAUUCUUUUCACUAUGCUUCCUUAAACCUUGUGUGGACCACCGGCCUGAUUCCCUAAACCUGCCAUCCUGGACUCUGGUUCCCUGCUGGUAUUUGGCUUCCUCCCUCUGCCCUCAUGGCUCAGUCCAGCUCCACCACAAACCCAGACGUGUCAAACAGAGCGCUCGAACACAGCCCGCUGUCCAUCUGCUCAGACCUGGACGCCCAGGAGGACGUGGAGGAUGAGGAGGUGGAGCUGGCCGAGGAGGUGGGUGAGGACGUCCUGAUGAUGGGCGAAGCUGAGGGUGGAGCUGAAGACCAGAACGGUAUAGAAAUGUCCCUGCUGUCAAACGUAAGAAGAAAGACGGAGAUGGAAACAGCUGAGGAGGAGGAGAGGGUUGUGGAAGUGACAGAAUGUCCUGACCUUUUUGUAUCAGUCGAGGCUGAUGGAGUAGACCUCCAAAUCAGUGGUGACCACGAAGCACCACAAAGGGUGGAGUUUGAGGAGAAAAAACUGAAUGAAGAAGAAAGUAACUGUUCCUCUGAAGACAGGCCUGCAGGGAUAUCUGAUCACCUUCAGGACGACACUGCAGGGUUUGAAGGAAACACCUCAGAGGAUAAACAUCUGUUUGCAGCUGUGAACCUCACCAAAACCCCACACGUCACCUGGGAGACUCCAGUCGACCAGGAACCGGCAGAGAACUGUCAGGGAAGCACCACAACCUGCAGAGCGAUGCAGGACGAAGCUGUCCAGGAGAACGUUCCAGAAGCCGCUAAUUCAAGGUUAGAACUUCCAGAAGUGACACCUGGAAAUCCAGAGCCGCAGCGGUUAGUGGCGGGUUCUGAGCAAGCACAUGAGUCCAGAGGAGGGGUUGAACUUAAGGAGAUGGCAGUGAAGGCCUAUGAAGUGAUGGAUGUAAAGGAUGUGGAAGAGGGGGAGGAGGGUGGGGAUGAAGAUCUUGGGCAGCAACACAACGAAAGAGAGCAUCUAAAUGGACAGCAAACAAAACCAGAAGUGCAGAGUGGAGAGGAGGGGCCAGGAGGUGGACAACUGAGUCAGAUAAAAGAGGGCACCGUGGAAGAUGACCCGGACCAGGAGAAAUCUAGAUCCGAGGAGAAAACAGACCAAAAGAAUCCAGUUCUGCUUCUCACAGAUCUCAGUUCAGACUGGAGAGAACAUCUCCGAGAGGAGCUGAGGCAAAGAGGCGUGGUGGAAAUGAAGGAGGAGGCAGGAGAACCGGAGGAGGUGGAGAUGGCAGAAGAUCCUGUGACUGUGUUGGAUGAUGAGAUUGAGGACAUGGACUUGUCUGCUGUUUCAGGCCCUUUACGUGACGAGAAAGAAGGUUGGGAGAACGUUCAAGUCCGAGAAGAAAAGAGCCGGAGAACCGGAGAAGGAAACGAUGGGAGCGAGAACACAAAGAAGAAACAGGAGGAAGACGUGAAAACGGAUCAAACAAACAACGAGAAGCCAAAAAAUGUCAGGAAAGUGGAAGAAGAGAAGAAUGAGAAGCAGAAAAAUGUCCAAAAAGAAGAAGCGAAGGAGGACAAACGUGUUCAAAAGGAAGAGAAGAAAGAAGUGACAUGGAAGGAAGGAAACAAUAAGAUGAAGCUGGACAUCAAAAUAAAGGUGAAAGGACUGAAAGAGGUGAUGGAGAAUGGGAUUUGUCCACAACAACAGCUGUCUGGGAAAGAAGAACAAGCAGGAGCAAGAGUGACCUCACUGAGGAGAAAGGACAACGACUGGAUCAUCAAAGAGCAACUGGAGAGCGUAAACGCAGCGGAGGUGAAGGACUGGAGAAAAGACCUGAGACCGGUCCGGAAGGACGUUUGGGAAACCGCAAAGGGGGCGGGAGAGGGGUUCAAGAAAGAGGUAGUGCCGGAGGUGAUGUGCUCGCAGAGGAAGGAGGACUGGAUCAAGGAGCUGAAGUCGGUGAUCAGAGACGAGUCCAAGAAAAAGGUGGAGCAGGUGAAGAAGAAGCGGGUGGUGCUAAUGGACGAAGGCCGUUCGUUCAUCCCGCAGCAAGAGAGGCGGGAGGAUGUCAAACUGAUCUCCCACAAGAAGGUGGAGAGCCCCCCACCCGUACUGCGGAGGGACAACAGGACUGGCCAAGAGGAGGAUCACAACAUUGCUCUGUAUGUGAAGGCAGGAGGUGAUGGGGAGAGCAUCGGAAACUGCCCUUUUUCCCAGAGACUCUUCAUGAUCCUGUGGUUAAAAGGGGUCAUCUUCAAUGUCACCACAGUUGACCUAAAAAGGAAGCCGACUGACCUACAGGACCUUGCUCCAGGCAUCAACCCACCCUUCAUAACCUACAAUGGGGAAGUCAAGGUGGAUGUUAACAAGAUUGAGGAGUUCCUGGAGGAGAAACUGACCCCACCCCGCUUCCCCACACUAGCUGCCAAACACCUUGAAGCCAACACAGCUGGAAUUGACAUAUUCGCCAAAUUCUCAGCUUACAUCAAAAACCCAAGAAAAGACACCAAUGACGCCUUAGAGAAAACCUUGUUGAAGUCUCUGUGGCGCCUGGACGACUUUCUGAGGACCCCCCUGUCCGAGGAGAUUGACGCAGAAGCCUCUGGAGACCUGCCCGAGUCGUCCCGGAGCUUCCUGGACGGGAAUGAGCUCACCCUGGCCGACUGCAACCUGUUGCCCAAACUGCACAUUCUGAAGGUUGUGGCCAAGAAGUACAGGGGCUUUGAGAUCCCACCGGAGAUGAUAGGGGUGUGGAGGUAUCUGAAAUGUGCCUAUCAAAAAGAAGAGUUUACCAAAACCUGCCCUGCUGACCGGGAGAUCGAGUGGGCCUAUUUAGACGUCGCAAGAAGGAUCAAAUAGGAUCGGUUCACGUCCAUCUCCUCGAUGCAUCACUGCGAAGACGUGAAGGAAACGACUGAGCAAAAAAUCAACAAGGAAUGAAUGAACAGAAGGAGAAAUGAGCUGCAGUAUCCUUAGGGGACUCUAAGAGAAGAAAAGCAGCUCCAGUAGAUAGACAUAGCCCAUCUGACAAUUAUUAUGAGAUUUUUGUACACGUAGCCUCAACACCAUGAUCAUUUUUAGGAAAAAAAAUUAAAACCACCGAUUAGGUCACUUGCAGACUGAUUUACAAUUUUGUUUUUUAUUUAUGUGUUUUUAUGUUUAUCCUUCAAGUGGAACCAAGUUUCCUGCAAACACGACACUGACUAUCACUUGGAAUGUGAGUGGCAUUCACACGGGUCCAUGUGUACUGCACCCGAGUACACUUGAGCCCAAAGUCUGGCCAUGUUGCUCUGCUCUGUGCUUCAGCUCAUUUAGGUGAACUGUGCUGAAGCUGGCUUGCACAGGUGCAUCGUUUACCUUAGUUUAAAGACAAACACACUACAUUUCAUAAUAAAAAAUACACUUUUAGCACGUUUUCCACACAUUCUUUGUUUUUUAUGGUUUUAACACAAAUGUUUAUUUUUAUUUUUAAGGUUAAGCAUUUAAAUUUGAGUCUUUAAAUCAUGAGAAUAUUUGAAUCAGUUCUUACUGAAAAUCUAAAAUAAUAAUCUGCCAAUCAGCAGAAGUUACGAAAACAGAUUAGUAGUGAUUUAAGGUCUUUGUGUUACUAUAGAGAUUAAACAGUUCAAUAGCCAGCCUACAAAUGGCUCUGACAGACUGAUUUUUCUGACUGUUCAUUUAAUUUUGGUUUGAACUUUAAUCCACUUACAUUUGAAUUGCAAUCUAUUAAGUAAAUGAAUGUAACCAUUUGUAUAAUCCUACAAAGCAAUAAACAAACGUAAACUAUAA